UAGUUUUGGCUGUGACUGAAUCAUUUGUUAAAUAUCUCUUCUCUUACCCAAAUUUGAUGUCGAAGCUUCUAAGCUCACCCGGCGGGAAUGAGUCAACUCGGGUUCAAUGGCUCUGCUUCUUCUAAACUUGGUUACCAAUCUCCCAAAAUAGGUGUGUACUCAAAAGGGGUCUCGGUGUUGAUGCCAGGAGACCAUAUACCUACAUUCACCGGCUACCCGGUACCCGCACCAGUACUCUGUGUUUCCAAUAGUCGAAGUUCAAGUCCAAACUCCACCAUUGAAGAAUGUUAAAAGUUGAAUGCAUAAUUCUAUGCUUUUCUGCUUCUGCGGUUGACCCUUUUUUGUACCGUGUUUCGCAUAAUUAGAGGAACCAAACUGCACAAUCCCUAGCUUAAGUAUAUGUGUAUUCAAGAUUUACCAGAUUUUCAUUUUAUUGAAUUUCAUUUUUCUUAUUACAAGAAAAUGAGUUGAGAAGAAUGUGUUCAGUUGUCAGGAACUGUUAGUGCUCAUGAAUAUGCUACUGUCGGACUGCCUAAUCUUUAAGCCCGACCCAAAAUGCAAUAAAUUGUUUAUUAAGUA